AUGAAAAAAUAGAAACUAAAUACUUUUAUGUAGUUAUUUCAAAAUCAUUGUAUUAGCUUUAUCAAUGCAGGCUAUUACUUUAAAUAUAAUAUGAUUUAAAACAAAUUUAAAAUUAAUUAAUAAAAAAAUUUAAAAUAAGAUUUUAAAUAACUUAUUGCUCCUAAACUAAUUGAUUAUGGUUAAAAAAAAACCUAUUUUUAAAAAUUAAAAAAAAUACUGAUAGAAAAAAAUGAUAAAUAGCAACUGCAAAAAAGCUAAAAUGUUAGUUAAAACGCAUUUAAUUUAAAAAACAAUCCAGAUAAAUAACUAAUUAAUAAAUAAAGAAGGAUUAAGCAAGCAACAGCUUGUAGCUUGUGA